AUGGCGGUCCAAGGCUUCGCGGUGAUCCACGCCGUCAAGAGAGCGCCCGCCGCGCCCGGAGUAGCGCCUCACGGCGCGCACCCGACGGUGCCCCCGGUGAAUCUCCAGCAGAUUCGCUUGGCGCAUGCAGAUGGCGUUUUCGAGCAAUCUCCUAUCCCAACACCUGGGAGGACGAUUGUCACACAGCAGCCCAUGCCAGUGGAUGGGUCCUUGCCCACACCCGGGCGGAGCGGAAGCAGUGGCGCGAUCCCCAGCUUUCAGCGAGGCCGUCGCGCUGCACCCACGGGUGUGCUGCCAGAGCAGCACCUGGCCGGGCAGCAUGUGCCAAUGGCCGCGCAGAACCGAAUGCCUUCACCGGAGGCGGGGUCCUUGCGUUUGAUGGCCGCCGACCCGGCGAUGAUGUUGAACCAAGCGACGAUGACGGUGGCAGCAUCCACCCCAGUCCUUGGUCGAGGCUCCCUGGGCCGUGCUCAAACUCAGCCGCCUUACCCACAGCCCCAGCCUUACUCCGCUCGUGGCAUGCGCGCGGGUGGCGCUGCGCAGCCGGAGACCAACAGAUUGUGCGAAUUCCUCUUGAAUCAACUGCACAUUCGAGUGCAGCAAUCCCAUCAAGAGAGAGAACAAGAGCUUCGCAAGCAGAUGAUGGAGCUCAAAGACAUGGAAGACCUCUUUGCGCGUGCAAAAGAGGAGGUUCACUCGGUGCUCCACCGUGCAGACGAGGAGAGCGCCGCCGCCGCGGCGAACGGUGUGGCGUUGCCGCUGCGUGCGCCGCCCUCACCGAAGCCUCCCUUUGCAUGGCAACCCUCCCAGGAAUACGUCACUGGAGAAAGCCAUGAAAUCGUCACGAAGGUCGGAGACUUCGAAGAUCAAGGUUGGGUGAUCCCCGUGGGCGGCUCCUGGCGCCUCAUGCGGGGCGGCAUCUACCGAUGGACCAUCCGUAUCGAGAGGAAGUGCUCGGGGCGACCUCAGCUGCAGUUGGGCAUCCAUGGCUCUAAUCACAACCAGCCCUGGCGCUUGGUGACCACCUCUCGCUGUUCCUGGUCACGGGAUGAUGAGCCCUGGCAAGACCGGCCAGCGGGCGACCGGCUUAUAGACGAAGGGAGCUUCGUUCACAUUGAAGUGGACAUGCGGGGGAUCAACUGCACCACGGGGAGCUUCGCCAUGGCCAUCGAUGACGGGCCCUUCGAAGAGUUCUUCAAUGACAUCCCGCUGAGUCAGCCAUACUCGCUGAUCCCGGUGGUCUCCAUGGGGGGCAACCAAUCGUGCGUGCGGCUUUGUCCCAACUACUGA